AUGCCUCAAUUUCGCAACAUACUAAAUCGCAAGCCCGCAGCCUCAGAUGGCAGCGAAGACAGCAAUGAUACCAGUCAAACCCAAAAAUCUUCACAGCUGCUUAAUAGCACGAACAGCGGCCCCUUGAAUUUCAGGAAUAGCAGAGAGGAAGUGUCAAACGAAUACAAAUUAAGCGUUGUCAAUGACAGCGGCGUUUAUCUUCCACCUUCCCCCCCGGAAAAGCGGAGUUUUUGGUCCAGAACCUCGAAUUCUAAAGCAACGACAAACCAUAGAAACUUGGUUGAUGAGAACGAGCCGUUUUCCAUAUCUCGCGAGUCAUUUGACUCUUAUCGGCGCUCGUUUGAUAUCUCCGCCAAGUCACCGAUUCAAUAUGCUGACAAUGUCCAAUCGCGCGCAUCACUCGACUCCUCCCGAUUUUCUCGACUCGGCGAGCGUCCUGCCAUAAAAAGCCAGACCUUUGUCAAACCGCAGUCCAUGGAGGAAGAAGCAUUCGAAGAUGUGGGUUUAGCCGACGAAGAAGCAAAACCGAAGAAGAGGGGACUCUUCUCUCGCUUUGGCGACAACUCAUCUGAAACCGCUGCCACCGCCAAUAAUAGUAAUAAUAAUAAUAAUCGCCCCAGCUCAUCACACCUGGGAUUCCGCCUUCCUGGUCGAAAACGAGGACAGAGCGGUCAGGGUGCAGAGUUAGCGAAUUACAAGCAGGAGGCGCCCUCGACGGAAGUCUAG